GCAGCAGCAGUGUCUCAGUGCCUGUCAUCAUCUGCAUCGUCCUGGGAGCCCUUCUCUGCCUGCUCCUGGCCCUCCUGGCUGGACAAGUGCAAAGUGCCAGGGCUGGGCGCAGAGCUGCCCAGGCCCCUUGGGAGCCCUUCCCUGAGGCUGUGUAUGAGGAGAUUGGCUACAGCACAGCGUAGCAGAAGCAGGAGAGGUUCAGUGACUCAGGCUCCUAUUCAGAGGGGUCCUUGGCCAAGCUGCAGCCCAAGCCUGGUGACAGAGAGGAGGAGGAGGAUGGCCUGGAGUCAACAGCAGAUGUCUCUGUGCUGGCUGGAGGUGACCCACUGGAUGGCUAUGAUGAUGCCAGGGACAUUGCUAACCCUGGGCAGGAGCCUGUGUUUAGACAGGGAGCCAGGGAAAUGCCCAAGGAACCAGAGGAAGGAUCAGGACCCAGAGAUGAACCUGGAGAUGGCUCAGUCCUGGCUGGAGGUGACCCAGUGGAUGGCUAUGAUGAUGCCAGGGAGAUGUCUGGCCCUGCACAGGAUCCUGUGUUUAGACAGGGAGACAGGGAAAUUCCCAGGGAGCCAGAGGAAGGAGCAGGACCCAGAGAUAUGGCUGGAGGGGCAAACCUGUGCUCACAGAGCAGUGCUGAGGGCCCUGGAGCUGGGGCAGAUGCCUGGGCCCGGUCCCUGGAGAGCACAGGCUAUGAUGAUGCUGAAGAGCUGCCUGCUGCACAUCCCCCUGAGGACACAUGGAGGCGACAGCACAGCUUCCUGAGCCCUCAACCAGCAGAGCCCAUCCCUACCAUGAGGCUAAGAGAGAUCUGAAGCAGGAGAGCUCUGUGCAUCUGGGUGAGACACAGGCACCAGGAACGAGUUGCUACUGCCAGGAGCAGCAGAAGCAGCAGGACAAUGCCUCUGCUUUUCCUUCCCCUCUCUGAUGCCUCCACACUGGUUCUGAAUAAAGGCUUUGAA